AGCAAGCCUGUAUAAAUAUGAGCCACCGGCACCAUCAGAAUCAGAAGUUCUUCGAUGAAAAUUGACGACAAGGCAAGAGAAAGCAGCUCGGACGAUCCUCCAGCAUUACCCUGGUCAUUCAAGACAGUUCGACAAACAAGUACAACUUUUUUCCAAGUUCAUAAAACGCAAGUCCUGUCGACUUCCGUUCAACAGAAGGGAACCACGAGCCAGUCGGUGCAUUGGCGAAAGAGUAAGGUUCGUCUUAGAACAAGACAAUCCUGAACAGAAAUGAGUCUGAAAAUGUUUGAGGGCGACGAGGAACAGGUGUGCCUGAGCUUUCAGCACCCUGGAAAGAACAGUUCCUUUUGUGAGUCAACGACAUUCGUUGAGGUUGAAGAAAACGUUUUUAUCUUUGCUGAUCUGGUUCCACUCGUCCCCUGGAUACCCCAUUUUUUCCUCUGGGCAGUCGCUCCUCUGUAUCUCAUUUGCUUCCUGUCACCUGGGAAGACUACCAGUCACAUCGGAAAACUAGGAAAAAUGAAGAUGUCCAACACUCUUUUUAUGGCCACCGUCUCCGCUGUGCAACUUACUAGAGUGAAUAAUGUCAAGAUCAUGCUAAACAGCCUUACUGGUCACUACUGCUGCUACUGGGCGAGGCUGGCCUCUCUGAUGCUGACCACAAAGCUAACGUCAAAUGAGAGACAAAGAGGCACCCACUACUUGUUUCCUCUCUUCGUGUUCUGGACUCUAAUGCUGGUUUCUGACUCGAUGUCCUUCUUCCAAGAUGUCAGCUCCGAACUAUAUCUCCGUGACCCCUUCACCUUUGUGCUGUCAGCUUGCUGCGUUAUUGGAGCUCUGAUCCAGUUUGUAAUCUCUUCUCUGCCCGACUCAAGAGUUCCAGCACCGGAUGCCCACCCAGAAGAACUGACUUCUCUCCUCGGAAAACUCACUCUGAACUGGAUCACUGGCAUAAUCUGGCGCGGUUACAGAAACGGUCUAAAAGAAGAAGACGUGCCUCGUAUGGCAGCACAUGACAGGUGCCAGACCCUAUCCCCGGCUUUUGAAAAGACUUGGAACAAAGAGGUGGCUGUUCUUCAAUCACGUCAAGGUACAGAGAUCGAGCAGACUGAUGCAUUUCGGGAAGGAAAGUGUCAGAAAGAAGUACAAUCCCCAAAAGUGAAUCUUCUAAAGGUUCUGCUAAACCGAUUUGGUUUUGAAUAUUUGACUUAUCAAUCCAUCAAACUGUUCUUUGAACUUACCAUGUUUGUGGAGCCGUUGUUGAUGGGCUGUUUGCUGAAACACUUUCAGCACAGAGACACGGAACCAGCCUGGAAAGGCUACGCCAUUGUGAUGGGUUUGUUUGCCUCAUCGCUUAUCUCCAGCACAGGACACAGUCGAGUGUGGACGUCAGUGGACAGACUGUCUAAGAACAUCAAGAGUUCUCUCAAAAUGGCGGUGUACAAGAAAGCGUUAAGUGCCAGAAACGAGGGCAAGCGAGACAUUACCACCGGCGAGAUCGUUACCCUGGUCGCAGACGACUGUGAAAAGUUGGUGAACGCCAGUAACAUCGUCUUUCUCAUUUUGGCCACCCCUGUUCAAGUGAGUGUGGCUCUGUACAUGCUCUAUCAACAGUUGGGAAUGGGAGCUUUCGUCGGUUUAGCCAUCAUGUUGUCACUUAUUCCCCUCAACGCUUGGGUAGGCAAAAAGCUUAAGAAAUUUGAAAAGGAAAAGAGUGACACCAAAGACAAAAGGAUCAAAAUCAUGAAUGAAGUUCUCAACGGCAUAAAAGUACUGAAACUGUACGCGUGGGAAAAGUCGUUUCUUAAGAAAGUGAUGAGCUCCAGGGAUCAAGAAGUGAGCUUGCAUAAGAAGAUGUGCUUAAUCCAUGCUGGUAUUGACUUUAUGUUCUGUACCAUCCCCUUCAUGGUGCGUGUUGGUGGCUUCAUGACCUUUGUCUGCCUUGGAGGCUACCUCGACCCUUCCACAGCUUUUGUGACCACGUCUUUGUUUGCAAUUUUAAACAAACCUUUCAGCAUCAUGGCCAUCAUUAUACCAGAGUUUGUUCAGGCAUCUGAUGCUCUAACAAAACUGAACAAGUUUCUGAAUCUUGAAGACAUUCCAGAAGAUAUUGUCAAGAAAACCAGUGUCUGUGAAGAGUCCAUUACGAUCAAAGAUGGUGUAUUCACCUGGGACAGAUCUAGCUCAAAGAACUGCAUCAAGAACAUAAACGUGAACAUUCCAACAGGCCAGCUUGUCGCCAUCGUAGGAAUGGUAGGAUCAGGAAAAUCUUCACUUCUUUCAGCUAUGCUUGGAGAAAUGGAAAAAGUGGAGGGAGACGUUACUGUGACUGACUCAACCGCCUACGUUCCCCAAGAGGCUUGGAUUCUGAACACAUCUUUGAAAGAGAACGUUGUAUUUGGAUCCGGGUAUGAUACUGAAAAGUAUAACAAAGUCGUGGACGCCUGUGCUUUGAGAGAUGACUUCAAACUGAUGUCUUCGGGCGAUAAAACCUUAAUAGGAGAAAAAGGCAUCAAUUUGUCCGGAGGACAGAAGCAGCGUGUGUCCCUAGCCCGGGCUGUGUACGCCGACGCGGGAAUCUACCUCCUGGAUGACCCACUGAGCGCGGUGGACGCUCACGUCGGAAAACAUAUCUUUGAUCAAGUGAUCGGGCCUAGAGGCAUGCUGAAAGGCAAGACUCGUGUGCUGGUAACCCAUGGCGUGCACUGGUUGCCCUAUGUUGACUCCAUUCUCGUUAUGAAAGAUGGACAGAUCUAUGAGUCGGGAACCUACAAACAGUUGCUGGAACAAAAUGGCGUUUUCUCACAGUUUGUGCAACAAGUUACCUUGACAGGGAAGAAUGAGUGUGAGAGCAACAGAUCAACAUCUGAUGAAGGGGAAACAGUGUUUAAUCAAGACGACAAACCCUCUGACAAAACUGAGGGAAUUCUCAAGACCGAGGAAGUUGAAUCGUGCAGUAAUAAAAUGGAGAACGAGGUUAAGGACACAGAAGAAGAGACUGUCGAGGACGAUGAAGAAGAAACACAAGUUGGCACGUUAGGAAUGAAGGUGUACAUGGACUAUUUGAAAGCAUUUGGGUUUAAAUACUGCAUAAUGUGUAUGGUCAUGUUCGGACUACACAUGUACUUUAAUGAAAGCAAAGAUCAUCUGAUGGCGAAGUGGUCUGAUGAUGAUCUCCUUUCAAACCGACUCCUCGCGGAAACUCAAGAAUACACAGACAGAACUUGGAAUUACCUUUCUUCGUUUACCAUGUACGGUGUUGCUGAGGUCCUUCUUUCCUUUGGGUUCAUCAGCUUGGUGCUAUGCCGAGGUUGUGAGGCUGCCCAACAUCACCACAACAAGCUACUUCUCAACAUUCUACGAUCUCCCAUGUCAUUCUUCGACCUCACACCCACCGGGAGGAUCAUCAACCGGUUCUCCAAGGACAUCGGCUCUGUGGAUGGUUUAGGAGGCUGUCUGCGCGGCUACAUAGCCUCUGUGGGCUGGCUAUCAGUGUGCUUUUGUAUGGUUCUAUACUCAACCCCUAGUAUUAUCCCCUACAUGGUCCCAGUAACGGUUGUGUAUCUCGCCAUGCAGCGUGUCUUCAUCGCCAACUUGCGCCAACUUCGCAGAUACAGACAGAAGUCACGAUCUCCUGUGUUUGUUCACCUAAACGAAACCCUCAAUGGAACUGACUCCGUUAGGGCGUACGGCGUGGGGGAGCGGUUUAUCAGCAAGAUGGAGGACAAGCUAGAGAACUUGAUGAAGUUUGAAAUGUCAGAGCACUGGUUCCAUGCCUGGUUCCGCAUGCGCAUGACCGUUCUGUGUUCUGCAGUCACCCUCAUUUCUGGUCUGCUGUUGUUAUGGGAUACCAGCAUUAGCCCUGGCAGGGCCGGCGUGGUGUUGAUGUAUGCCACCAAUUUCAUGCACUGCCUUGGCUGGGUCAUGCAUCAUUCCUGCCACACGGAGACAGAACUCAUCUCUUUAGAGCGCGUAGUCGAUUACUCCAACAAACCAACGGAAGCGUCGUGGGAGACAGAGGAGGAGAACAAAGCUGAACUUUCUCUCUCCACCCAGUGGCCAGAGAGCGGAGAUCUUGUUUUGGACAACUACCAAACUAGGUACAGGGAGGGUCUGGAUUUGGUGCUGAAAGGUGUGACGUGUCACAUCAAAAGUGGGGAGAAAGUCGGUAUCGUGGGACGCACGGGUGCCGGGAAGUCCUCGCUCACAGUCUCUGUCUUCCGCCUUGUGGAAGCAGCUGCAGGAAAUAUAACUCUGGACGGCAAACACAUUGCCCCUGUCGGGCUGCACGACCUGAGAAGCAAACUCUCCAUUCUCCCACAAGACCCAGUGAUUUUUGGAGGCUCUCUCCGAAUGAAUCUCGACCCGUUCGGAGAGAAGACAUCUGAGGAGCUGUGGGAAGCUUUGAAGCAUUCCCACCUGAAGACAUUUGUAGAAGGCUUGCCAGAUCAGCUGGACCAUGAGUGCGGGGAGGGCGGAAAGAAUCUCAGCAUGGGUCAGCGCCAGUUAGUGUGUCUGGCCCGUACGUUGUUGAGGCAGAGUCCAGUCCUGGUGUUGGACGAAGCCACAGCUGGGGUGGACAUGGAGACGGAUGAGCUCAUCCAGAAAACCAUCAGGUCCGAGUUCCGCUCGUGCACUGUGCUGACCAUUGCCCACAGACUCAACACGGUCAUGGACUAUGACCGCAUCAUGGUGCUGGAUCAGGGCAAGAUCAAAGAGUUUGAUGCGCCACAAAAACUUUUGGCAGACCAAACGUCAGCUUUCUACAGCAUGGCUAAAGACGCUAAUCUAGUCUAAAGCAUCAUAGUAGCCUUCCUGGGGGGUUUUUUCUUCUGCCCAUUUACUUUGCAAUAUUAUCAGUCACACCUGUCCAGUUUUAUUAGAAGUACACCUGCACGUUUUUACCUUGGUGGCAAUAUUUUGGAGUCAAUCUCAGGAUUCUUUACAGUUACAGGCUUAUUGUAUAUAUUGUAUAAAGUUUUAUUUCUUGUUUCUUCUUUGUUGUAAUUAAUGAGCAUCUUGUUUGCCCUUGGUGAUGUGUUUCUUAUAAACGAGUUUUUGUGUAAC